AUGCCGAAAGAUGCUUCCUUCUUCAUUACAGUGGAACAAGAUGUGAAUAGAGUUCAGUACCACAUUAUCCUAUCACUGGCCUUUCUUCACCGAAUCCGCCAGAAUGCUGUGGACAAAGCUGAGAAGUACAUCACAGAGGAGAAUGUUAAGAUCUUAUUUUCUAACAUUGAAGAUAUUCUUGGCGUUCACAAGGAGUUCCUGGCUGCCCUGGAAUUUUGUUUACAACCAGAACCUCAGUCUCAGCAUGAACUGGGAAAUGUUUUCUUAAAAUUUAAAGACAAGUUCUUUGUGUACGAGGAGUACUGUAGCAACCACGAGAAAGCACUCAGGCUGCUGAUGGAAUUGAACAAGAUCCCAACAGUGAGAGCAUUCCUCCUGAGUUGUAUGCUUUUGGGAGGCAGAAAGACGACAGAUAUUCCACUAGAGGGUUAUCUGCUGACUCCAAUUCAGAGAAUUUGCAAGUAUCCUCUUCUGCUUAAGGAAUUAGCUAAGAGGACCCCCUCUAAGCAUCCUGAUCACCCAGCUGUCCAGAACGCAUUGCAGGCAAUGAAGACAGUCUGCACAAAUAUCAACGAGACCAAGAGACAGAUGGAGAAACUGGAAGCCCUUGAACAGUUGCAGUCCCACAUUGAAGGAUGGGAGGGGUCGAAUUUAACAGAUAUCUGCACACAGCUCUUGCUCCAAGGGACUUUGUUAAAAAUCUCGGCAGGAAAUAUCCAGGAGAGAAUGUUCUUUCUAUUCGAUAAUCUACUGGUCUAUUGCAAGAGGAAAUCCAGAGUUGCUGGGAAAAAAGCAUCUAAACGGACAAAGUCAAUCAAUGGGUCCCUUUAUAUCUUCAGGGGCCGAAUAAAUACAGAAGUCAUGGAGGUGGAGAAUGUGGAAGAUGGAACAGCAGAUUACCACAGCAAUGGUUACACAGUGACAAAUGGCUGGAAGAUACACAACACAGCCAAAAACAAAUGGUUCGUCUGUAUGGCCAAGACUGCAGAGGACAAACAGAAAUGGCUGGAUGCUAUAAUCAAGGAAAGGGAGCAGAGAGAGAGUUUGAAACUGGGAAUGGAGAGGGAUGCGUACGUCAUGAUUGCAGAGAAAGGAGAGAAGCUGUACCAAAUGAUGAUGAGCAAGAAAGUGAACCUUAUCAAAGACAGGAGGAGAAAAUUAAGUACUGUUCCCAAGUGCUUUCUUGGCAAUGAGUUUGUAUCCUGGCUCACAGAGAUUGGAGAGAUAAGCAAACCAGAGGAAGGGGUCAACCUGGGACAGGCGCUACUGGAAAAUGGAAUUAUUCAUCAUGUUUCAGAUAAGCACCAGUUUAAGAAUGAGCAAGUGAUGUACAGAUUUCGCUAUGACGAUGGAACCUACAAGCCAAGAAGUGAAUUGGAAGACAUCAUGUCCAAGGGUGUGAGGCUUUACUGCCGACUACACUGCCUAUAUACUCCAGUGGUAAAAGACCGUGACUACCAUCUAAAGACCUACAAAUCAGUAAUCCCUGCCUGUAAGCUAGUGGAUUGGCUCAUUGCACAGGGAGACUGUCAGACGCGGGAGGAAGCUGUCGCACUGGGCGUUGGACUCUGCAAUAACGGCUUCAUGCAUCACGUCCUGGAGAAAAGUGAAUUUAAGGAUGAAUCCUUAUUUUUCCGCUUUUACGCUGAUGAGGAGAUGGAAGGUACCAGUUCCAAGAGCAAACAAUUACGUAAUGACUUCAAGCUUGUGGAAAACAUUCUAGGAAAGAGUCUUCUGAUUUUACCAGAAGAAGAUGACUAUGGAUUUGACAUAGAAGAAAAGAACAAAGCAAUUGUGGUGAAGUCAGUUCGACGAGGGUCUUCUGCAGAGAUGGCUGGCCUGCAGAUAGGAAGGAAGAUCUAUUCCAUCAAUGAAGACCUAAUAUUCCUACGCCCAUUUUCAGAAGUGGAAGCCAUCUUAAACCAGUCUUUCUGCUCACGAAGGCCUCUUAGACUUCUGGUAGCCACCAAAUCCAAAGAGAUUAUUAAAAUCCCAGAUUCUCCUGAAGCUCUUUGCUUUCAGAUACGGGGAGCAGCACCACCAUAUGUUCAUGCGGUAGGAAGAGGAUCUGAGGCUGCAGCUGUAGGCCUUCAUCCAGGGCAGUGUAUUUUGAAAGUUAAUGGGAAUAAUGCAACACAUGCAAUUUAUAUCGACGUUCUGGAGCACUUUACAGCAUACAGGACCAGACAACAGGAAGCACUGGGAUUGUACCAGUGGGUGUACAGAACACAUGAAGAUGCUGAGGAGGACAGAGCUCAGCAAUCAGCAUCCAGUGCCUAUCUGAAUGGCAGUCAUCUCGGGUCCAGCAAAGAAGAUCCUUCACUGAAAGGAGGUGCAGAAUCACAUCCCCUACAGAAUAUCCAACAGGAAUCAGCCCAAACACCACAGGCCAUCAUCUCUCCACUGAUCAUUAGUGAUGAAACACCUCUCAUUAGCCUGACUGUGGAUAACACUCAUCUGGAGCAUGGUGUGGUGUAUGAAUAUGUCAGCAGUGCAGGAAUCAAAUCCUUUGUCCUAGAGAAAAUUGUAGAACCGAAAGGUUGCUUCAAUCUCACUGCAAAGAUUUUAGAGGCGUUUGCUGCAGAGGACAAUCACUUUGUAAGGAAUUGCAAAAGGCUGAUAUCCCUAAGCAGUGCUGUGGCCACCAUGCCCCAGUAUGAAUUCCGGCAAAUCUGUGACACUAAGCUGGAAAGUAUUAGCAGAAGGCUCGCAAACUACCAAGAGUUUGCAGAUGAAUUGAAGGCAAAGGUGAGCCCAGCCUUCAAACAAGCCAUCAUGGAACCACAUGCCCUCAACAGUAUGGAUUUCUGCCCCACCAACUGCCACGUUAACCUCAUGGAGGUAUCAUACCCCAAAAACACUACCUCAGCAGGGAGGUCGUUCAGCAUUCGCAUUGGACGGAAACCUUCUAUUAUUGGUCUUGAUCCAGAACAAGGUACCUUAAAUCCAGUCUCAUACACUCAACAUUGCAUCACCACUAUGGCUGCACCGUCCUGGAGAUGCUCGGUCCCCGAAGAUGGAGAUCUUGAUGGUAGCUUUGGCCAGCAGAAUGGAGAAACAAGUCAGGAGGAAAGGGGACUCAGUUUUCUGCUGAAGCAGGAAGACCGGGAGAUACAGGACUCCUACUUGCACCUUUUUAACAAACUUGACAUUGCAGUGAAGGAAAUGAAGCAAUAUGUCAUUCAGAUAAAUAAACUUUUGUCCACCAUAACAGAACCUACAGAAGGUGGUGCGUGUGAGCCUCCAUCCACAGAGGAGACAUCUCCACCUUCCCUGGGAACAGAAGAGAGCGAUACUGACAAAGCUGAGCAUGGUGGCAUCAAGAAGGUUUGUUUCAAAGUUUCUGAGGAAGACCAGGAAGACUCUGGACAUGACACAAUGAGUUUUAGAGACUCCUACAGUGAAUGUAACAGUAACCGGGAUUCAGUGUUGUCCUACACCAGUGUACGGAGUAAUAGCUCUUACUUAGGCAGCGAUGAGAUGGGAUCAGGGGAUGAGCUUCCCAAUGAUAUGAGAAUUCCUUUAGACAAACAAGACAAACUUCAUGGCUGUCUGGAACAUCUUUUUAACCAGGUUGAUGCAAUCAAUGCACUUCUAAAAGGACCAAUAAUAACUAAGGCCUUUGAAGAAACCAAGCACUUUCCAAUGGACCACAGUUUGCAAGAAUUUAAACAGAAGGAAGAAACCACAGUUAGGUGUCGGAAUAAUAUUCAAGCCAGCAUUCAAGAAGAUCCAUGGAACCUUCCACUGCGCAUCAAGAACCUUGUUGAAAUCAUACAAAAACAUGUGGAAGAUGGGAAGAAUCAACUGCUUUUGGCCUUAUUAAAAUGUACAGAUACUGAGCUACAGCUGAGACGUGAUGCCAUCUUCUGUCAGUCCCUUGUGGCUGCUAUUUGCACCUUUUCGGAGCAGUUGCUGGCUGCUCUCAACUAUCGAUACAACAACAACGGGGAAUAUGAAGAGAGCAGCCGAGAUGCUAGCAGAAAAUGGCUGGAGCAGAUAGCAGCCACCGGUGUUCUACUAAACUACCAGUCUCUGCUCUCCCCUGCUGUGAAGGAGGAGCGAACCAUGCUAGAAGACAUCCAGGUCACUCUGACUGAACUGGACAAAGUUGCCUUUUAUUUCAAGCAGCUGGAUGAAAGUCUUGUAGCAAAUACUCAUGUCUUCUACCACAUUGAAGGAAGUCGUCAGGCCUUGAAGGUUAUCUUUUAUCUUGACAGCUACUACUUCUCCAAACUGCCUUCUCGGUUUCAGAAUGGAGGAAGCUUGAAACUACACACGGUGCUCUUUACAAAAGCUCUGGAGAGUAUGGAGGGGCAAUCACAACCAGCUGGCUCAUCUCUAGAAGAACUUCCACAGCAAAUUAAUGGUAUCUCUCUUGAAAAAGUGCAGCAAUAUUACCGUAAACUCAGGACAUUUUACUUAGAGAGAUCAAACUUGCCCACUGAUUCCAAUACUACUGCCGUGAAGAUUGACCAGCUUAUUCGUCCCAUUAAUGCAAUGGAUGAGCUUUGCAGGCUGAUGAAGUCUUUUAUUAAUACCAAACCCACCCAGUCAGGAUAUUCCGGCAGUUAUACAUCAGGAGCUGGGCUGCUGCCUAUAUCCUCAGAGCUCUGUUAUCGACUCGGAGCCUGUCAGGUUACUAUGUGUGGCACAGGGAUGCAGAGAAGUACACUGAGUGUGUCCCUGGAGCAGGCAGCCAUACUGGCUCGAAGUCACGGACUUUUACCCAAGUGUAUCAUGCAAGCUACAGACAUCAUGCGAAAGCAAGGACCAAGGGUUGAAAUCUCUGCCAAGAAUCUCAAAGUGAUGGACCAAAUGCCACAGUGUGCACCCCGACUCUACAGGCUGUGCCAGCCACCUACAGAUGGGGAUUUAUAGAAGUGAGAGAGAGACCUACAUCAUGGCA